GCUUUCGGCAUUGUGUCGAAUGACAGAUUCGCCUCGAUUAGAAAUGCAAGACCUAGGUCGUCUAUAGUAGAUAUAUAUCCAUGCUGCCGCUCUUGAUGAUCUGCUAGUUCUAUUAGUCUCAUUGAAUCUUGCUCGACUUCAAGGCGCAGACAACACGUCCAGUCACGAUCAAUUGCAGUCCGACAGCGACUGAGAAUACACAAACACUCAACCCCACCACAUCCAACAUGUCUACGCAGACGCAGACACAGCAGAAGUUUGCAGUCUCAGAAGACAUUCCAGUUCCACGAGGCGAGGUUCAGUCAAAACUUGUCUUCUACGCACCACCCGAAGAUGGUUCCGUACCUUUCAACUACAUCGAGAAGCCUCCGGAGGGACUGCCUCAACGCAACUACGGCCAAGAUGAACAAUCCAUCACGAUCCAAGACAUCCGCGGCCGCGAACACGAAUUCGACAUGAACAAAGGCGGCUUCGGCGUCCUCCAAAACAUCUCGAGCGAAAUGCAAAACUCUGACUUUUCCAACGACGACAAAAUCCAACAAACUUACUACCCCGAAAUUGAGAAACUCAUCCUCGAAAAAGUCCCCGGCGCCAAACGCGUCUUCAUCUUCGACCACACUGUCCGCCGCAGCGAUCCCAACGCCCACCGCGCACCUGUCAACAGAGCGCAUAUCGACCAAACGACCAAAUCUGCAAAUAUGCGUGUAGACUACCACAUGGGCUCCGAAGCCGAAGAGCUCAAGAAUGGUCGCGUGAGACUCAUCAACGUCUGGCGACCACUUAAUGGCCCCGUCGUCGCUUCACCUCUCGCAUACGCAGACUCUCGAUCUGUACCGGAUGAAGAUAUUGUUCCUGUGGAACAUCGAUACCCGCAUCGGACGGGCGAGACGGCGGGUGUGAAGUUUACGCCAAAGGGACAGUGGUAUUAUUGGAGUGGGAUGGGGAAUGAUGAGAGGAUUUUGUUGCAGUGUUAUGAUAGUCAGGAUGGGGCGAGGACGCCGCAUUCGGCGUUUGUGGAUCCUAGGACUAAGAAGGAGUGGCCUGGGAGGGAGAGUAUUGAGGUUAGGACUUUGGUUUUUGGGUGAGCUGGGAGAAGAGCUUGGGAUGUUUUGAGGAUGAGAUAUGAGUAGAUGAUUAUAUGAAUGCAUGUUAUACGAAACGAGCCAUUGCUUUUCUCAUGACCCGAAGGAUGU